GCAUAAAUAAAAAUUCUAUAAAUAUAACACCAAGAUACAACAUUCACAGCCAAACAUCAUCAACCAUUUUAUUCAAUCAACCACAAAUUACUUGUUAUUAAAACCAACAAUGAAACUCACUGCCUUCACUCCCAUCCUCUUCCUUGCUGCCUCCGUGGCACAUGCCGGACCCGUGCAGACCAACCAGAACCAGGUUCAGACUAUUAACAACCUGGAUGCUGCCACCGCCAACCUUAUUCAGUCCAUUAACCGGGCUGCUAUCGACGCGAGCGAUGACCCGACAAAGAUUCUAAGCAUUGUCUCUGAUCUUAUUACCGGUAUUGUAUCACCUUUGGGCGCUAUAUCAGAUGCUGUUGUGGAUGCCGGAAAGGCUGUAUUGGGUGUUGUUACUUCCAUUUUGGACGCUCUGAAGACCCUGCACCAUAAGCACCACUGGCUGCUUAAUUAUAUUUUGCAUAACGAAGCAAUUUUUCCGCAUAGAAACUCGACUAAAGCUUUUUUGUUGUAAGUGUUUAAAAUAUAUUUGCAAUUUUUGGCUAUAAUAUAUUAAUAAUUUUUAUAAAUACUGUUGCACAGACUAAAGAUAUGGAAGUGGAUGUUGAGGUUGUGAAUCGCGAAACAAGUUUCCAUCUGCAUGCCGAUUGACAGGGUAUUAAUUGGAUUAUGCAGGCGUAAAUUAGGAACCAUCAUAAUGGUGUCCAG